GCAAAAGGGCAGGGGAGGGGAACAGUCUCCCCAGAGCAGGAGAAAGCGUCCCUAGUUUCAGUUCCAAGCAACUGGUGGCGACAGGUUAGAAUUGAAGAUGGCAGGGACAGCACGCCAUGACAGAGAGAUGGCGAUCCAAGCCAACAAAAAGCUCACCACGGCCACCGACCCCAUUGAAAGGCUUCGACUGCAGUGCCUGGCCAGGGGCUCCGCAGGCAUCAAAGGACUCGGCAGAGUAUUUCGAAUCAUGGAUGACAAUAAUAACCGAACUCUUGAUUUCAAAGAAUUUGUGAAAGGGUUAAAUGAUUAUGCUGUGGUCAUGGAAAAGGAAGAGGCAGAAGAGCUUUUCCGGAGGUUUGAUAAGGAUGGAAAUGGAACAAUAGACUUCAAUGAAUUUCUUCUCACAUUAAGACCUCCAAUGUCCAGAGCCAGAAAAGAGGUCAUUAUGCAAGCUUUCAGGAAGUUAGACAAGACUGGAGAUGGCGUUAUAACAAUUGAAGACCUUCGUGGGGUGUACAAUGCAAAACACCAUCCAAAGUACCAAAAUGGAGAAUGGACUGAGGAACAAGUAUUCAGGAAAUUUCUGGAUAAUUUUGAUUCACCCUAUGACAAAGAUGGAUUAGUGACCCCCGAGGAAUUUAUGAACUACUAUGCAGGGGUGAGCGCAUCCAUUGACACCGAUGUAUAUUUCAUCGUCAUGAUGAGAACUGCCUGGAAGCUCUAAAUGUAUGACCGAGGGACCAGGGCCUUGGGUACAACCACGUGGCUCCAAGUGAUUAAACAUCAGCUCAAAACCAGGAUCAUAGAUGAGUUCAUGUUCCUCCCAGCAUUUCUUCUAUGGCAAUACACACAGUAUUUUGUAGGGCAGAAAUAAGGAACCUAAGUCGUUAACUGUGACCUAUCUUCUCUGAGGCUGUUUCCUUAGCUCUAAAAUAGAAAUUCAUUAAAAUAAGAUCUGUAAAACUAC